GGUUGGUGUCUUGGCAAUCACAUUCCGGCCGAGAUACCUGUCGAAGAUGGCGCAACGACUCCCUGCCGCGAUGCGCAAGAUGCCCAAGCGCGAGAAGUUCAUCCCUUCUUUUCCAUCAUGGAACAUCUUCCGCGGUGACUUGGUAGAAGUGAUCAGCGGCCCUCACCGCGGAAAGCAGGGCGAAGUGAAGGAAGUGAUCCGUGAGAAGAACGCAGUCGUACUAAACGACAUCAACAUGCGUCAUCGAUACGUCAAGGCCAAGCCUGGUGUCGCGCCUGGCCGUAUCUACUUGGCGCCUGGCGCCAUCCACUACAGCAACGUCAACUUGAUCGAUCCUUCCAUCGGGAAACCCACCCGCAUCGGCAUUCGCUUUGGCGAAGACGGCGAAAGGUUGCGCAUCUCGAAGAAGUCGGGCACGAUCAUUCCCAAGCCCGACGUCCUCAAGGAACGGCAAUCCCCUCGACGGACAGAAACCGGUCCGUUGGAUACCGCGCCCGAAGAUGUGUUGGAGCGCACUGUCGACGACUCGGAAAUCACGCGCCUAUAAGUGCCACCCGACGCCACCACAUUGCACUAGUCGAGUUUGUAAGCAACUCGUGGGUCUCCUUUUUCACGUGUGUAUUGUGCAUCCCUCGUUGCUGUAUCCACGCUCAUUCGUUCGUGCACAACUACGUGCCGCCAUACCCAUAACUUCCACAUACCCUUUAAUUACAACAGUCUUGGGUUCGCAU